UCGGCCAUUUAAGCUUAAUUUUUCUACAGGAACUCACUUUUUCGAAUUUCAAAAUGUCUGAUUUUCUGGACAGUGAGGCUGAUGAAUCCUCUGAUGAAGAAUACCCACGGGCAUCCAAGAAGGCACGCAUUGAUAGUGAUGAUGAAGAAGAGGAAGAAGAUGAGGACAGGAUUGCUGAGGAGAUGAAGGACCUCAUCAAUGAUGAUGAGGAGGAGGAAGAGGGAGAAGAUGAGGGCGAUGAUCGCAGUGAUUCCGGCAAACAGAAAUAUGAUUCGGACAUGGAUCAGGAUCUAGAAGAUGAAGAUUAUGAACUUCUGGAGGAGAACUUGGGCUACAAAGUCAAGAAAAAGCCUAAAAAGCUCCGGCGUAUCCGGAUGAUAUCUGAUGAUGAUGACUCGGGUGGCGGCUCAGAAAAAGAAGAGGAACAUGAACGGGAUGUGAUUGCAAACGAAUUGUUUGAAGAUGACGAAGCUGCAGAAAGUGAGAUCGGUGAUGGAGAAGAGUCGAGAAUUGGACGUCCCAGUGCUAAACCGGCGCCUCCUGAGAAUGAGUUUGGUGACCUUGAAGAUGAGGAGGAAUCAGAUGUUGAUGACUUCAUUGUCGAUGAGGAAGGUCAGCCAAUAAGUAAAAAAGGCAAGAAGAAGCGUCACAUAAUUCAUACAGACAAAGCACUGCAAGAAGCCCAGGAUAUCUUUGGUGUUGAUUUCGAUUUUGACGAUAUAGGCGAUUAUGGUGAAGAAUAUGAUGAAGAAGAGGAACUGGAAGAUGUGUAUGAAGAAGAAGAAGAGGGUGAAGAAGGAACCCGGCCUAAAACAAAGAAAGUUAGGAAACGUCCACAGAAGAAAAGUAUCUUUGAUGUCUUUGAGCCAAGUGAGCUCGAGCGUGGUCACUUCACCGACAUUGACAACAAGAUCCGUGUGGCUGAUAUCCCUGAGAGGUUCCAGCUGCGUCAGGUGCCUGUCCAGGCCACUGAUGAGGGCGAACUGGAAGAAGAGGCAGAGUGGAUCUACAAGCAGGCUUUUCAAACUCCUCCAUUGUCAGUCCAGGACAUGGAGCAGUUCGAGACGAGGGAGGGUGGCUCCUUUGAGAAGUACAGCCUGAAAGGCCCUGGCACGGUCGAGAAGAUCAGGGAAGCCUUGAACUUCAUGCGCAACCAGCAGUUUGAGGUGCCGUUUAUUGCCUUUUAUAGGAAGGAGUAUGUCGAGCCAGAGCUGAAUAUCAAUGAUCUGUGGCGAGUGUGGCAUUUUGAUGAAAAGUGGACCCAACUUCGGAACCGCAAACUGAACCUGGUGAAGUUAUUUGUGAAGAUGCAGGGAUGGCAGUUUGACUCGGUGCUAAACGCCGACCCAGACAAACCACUUGAGGCCAAAGUUAGACCCCUUACUGAAGAAGACAUUGAAAGGGCAAAGGGUGUACAGACCAUGGAAGAGUUAAACGACGUCUACCAACAUUUCCUGCUCUAUUAUGGUCGCGAGAUCCCGCUGAUGAAGAACGCCUUGAAGAAGAAGAAGAAGCGUGAUGGAGCGACAGACGAGGAGCAGGAUGAUGAGGAUGAUGACGUUCAUAAUGUCAUGCCGAAACAGGCAACGAGGAAGUCGGGCUACACUUUGUGUACACAGUCUGGCAUUGAUGAAAUAGCGAGAAAGUUUGGUCUGACCCCUGAGGAAUUUGGGGAGAAUUUGCGUGACAACUACCAGCGACAUGAAGUGGAUCAGUUCCCAUCAGAACCGGCAGAAGUUGCUAAAGAAGUUUUGUCAGACCGAUUCCCAACUGUAGAGGACGCAUUGAGUGGUGCACGUCACAUGGUCGCCAUGCAAAUUGCACACGAUCCUCUAGUCCGGCAGAGCAUCCGCACCAUUUUCAACGAGAGAGCAAAGAUCAGUGCUCGGCCUACUAAGAAGGGCAUGAAGGAAAUUGACGAGUCACAUCCGUGCUACACGUUCAAAUAUUUGAAGAAUAAACCUGUGAAAGAUUUGCAGUAUGAUCAGUUUCUCAAACUCACUAUGGCUGAAGAAGACCUAAUCAUGACCUACAAAAUAGAAAUUGAUGAUCAGUCGGGCACAAAUGCACAGACGUACUUUGAUGAAGUGAAACAGCUGUACUACAGAGAUGAGUUCAGUAAGCUUGUGCAGGAAUGGAACAACCAGAGAACCCAAGCAUUGGAGAGGGCGCUCACACAGAUUCUUUACCCGCAGAUGAUCAAAGAACUGAAGGGCAAGCUGCUGCAGGAGGCUAAGGAUCAUGUGCUCAGGGCUUGUACCCGUAAACUGUAUCACUGGUUGAAGGUGGCCCCCUAUCAGACCGAUCAGCAAUUAGAUGACGACGAUGAAUACAUGGACAGUUCCAACGGCCUGAAAGUCUUGGGUAUUGCUUUUAGCCAAGAAAGGGAUGAGGCUGCUUUCUGUGCCCUAGUGGAUGGAGACGGAGAGGUGACAGACUUCCUCAGGCUGAUCCAUCUAAUGAAGAGGAGAAAUGCAUACAACGAGGAUGACAGGAAGCAUAAGGAGCAAGAUAUGGAAAAACUAAAGAAGUUCAUAGCUUCAAAAAAACCACAUGUUAUAGCCAUUGGUGCUGAUUGCCGAGAUGCUAUGUCUGUGUUCGAGGAUGUCAAGAGAUGCGUGUCGGAGUUGGAAGACGAACAACAGAUUCCAUCGAUUGGGGUGGAGCUGCUUGAUCAGGAACUUGCAAUCAUUUUCUCAAAUACUAAGAAGUCGGAGGCUGAAUUCCGCGAAUACCCUGUUUUCCUGAGAAGAGGUAUCUCGCUGGCGCGUAGGAUGCAGGAUCCUCUCGUUGAGUUCUCUCAGCUUUGUAAUCCUGAUGAAGAUAUUCUCUGCCUCAAAUAUCACCCACUUCAGGAACAACUCAAUAAAGAAGAGCUCCUCAACGCCCUCUACCUUGAAUUCGUGAACCGUGUAAACGAAGUCGGCGUAGAUGUCAACCGAUGUGUCGCGCAUAACCACAACGUGGCCCUGAUACAGUUUGUUUGCGGUCUUGGGCCAAGGAAGGGCAACAGCUUAAUCAAAACGCUCAAGCAGCAUGGGCGUCUUGAGAAUCGUGCUCAGCUUGUUACGGUCAGUGACAUGGGGCCAAAAGUGUUCAUCAACUGCGCUGGGUUUAUCAAGAUUGACACAAACUCACUUGGAGACAGUACGGAGGCGUACGUGGAGGUUUUGGAUGGUUCCCGUGUCCAUCCUGAGACCUACGAGUGGGCGCGGAAGAUGGCAGUAGAUGCCCUUGAGUAUGAUGAUACAGCAGAGGAUGCCAAUCCUGCAGGAGCCCUGGAGGAAAUCCUGGAGAGCCCAGAGAGAUUGAAAGAUCUCGACUUGGAUGCCUUUGCUGAGGAGUUGGAGAGACAGGGCUACGGCAACAAACACAUCACGCUGUACGACAUUCGAGCCGAGUUGAACCACCGUUACAAAGAUCUGAGAGUGCCAUAUCGAUCACCUACAGCUGAGGAAAGAUUCAAUCUACUCACCAGGGAGACACCACAAACAUUCUAUAUCGGGAAACUAGUCAUGUGUACAGUGACAGGCAUAGCCAGGAAGCGACCACUAGGGGAGCAACUCGACCAGGCCAACCCUGUAAGGAAUGAUGAGACAGGCCUGUGGCAGUGUCCAUUCUGUCUUAAGAAAGAUUUCCCUGAGCUUAGCGAGGUUUGGAGCCAUUUUGAUGCUGGGAGUUGCCCAGGAACAGCAGUUGGCGUCAAGACAAGGCUGGACAACGGUGUAACCGGGUUCAUUCCGACAAAGAUGAUCAGUGAUAAACAUGUGACAAAUCCCGAAGACAGAGUCCAGGUGUUCCAGACAUUACAUUGCCGCAUCACUAAAAUUGACAUUGAUCGAUUCCAAACUGACAUGACAUGUAGAUCUUCAGAUCUUGCUGAUAAGGAAGGAAAGAGGAAACUACAGAAAGAUCUCUACUAUGAUAUUGAACUUGAAGAGGACGAAAAGAAGAAAGAGGAAGAAAAGAGGAAACAACAAGCCAGGCAGACAUACAUCAAGCGUGUAAUUGUUCAUCCGUCAUUCCACAAUAUUGGCUAUCGGGAAUGUGAGAAACUCAUGCACAAUAUGGAACAGGGUGAGGUGGUCAUCAGGCCAAGCAGCAAGGGAUCAGAUCACUUGACUGUGACGUGGAAGGUGACAGACGGUAUCUCACAGCACAUUGACGUUCUUGAAGAAGGCAAGGAGAAUGCGUUCAGUUUGGGAAAAACUUUGAUUGUAAAUAACGAGGAAUUCGAAGAUCUGGACGAAAUCAUUGCGAGAUAUAUCCAGCCAAUGGCAGCUCAUGCACGAGAUAUCAUAAAUUAUAAAUAUUUUGUGGAAUCGGCCAGUGGCGAAAAGGAUGAAAUGGACAGGAUGUGUAAAGAGGAGAAAAAAGCUGGAACUCACAAGAUUCCAUACUUCGUCAGUGCAAGCAAGGCUUUCCCUGGCAAAUUCCUCAUCUCGUAUUUACCACGUGUGAAAACUCGUCACGAAUUCAUCUCGGUCACACCCAGUGGUUUCAAGUACCGGAACCAGAACUUCCAUUCCAUCGGCUCGCUCAUACGGUGGUUCAAGGAUCACUUCAGAGAUCCCAUUCCAGGUACCCCUGGUGGUGCACAACGUACUCCCCUUGGAAUGUCCACAAAUAUUGGUGCUACACCCAACCUUCACGGUCUUGAUGCCGCCACCAUUCAGCGGGCUGCAGCAGGUCUGCCAAGCAGUGUGUUCAACUCGUUGGCCCAGGUGGCCGGCGCCACGCCUCAACAAUUCCAGAAUGCUGGCAACUUCAGUGGAGGAUUCGGUGGUGGAUUCAAUUACAACCCGAUGCAGACUCCAAUGGGUGUCACACCAAUGAUGACCCCAUCCUAUCAUCAGGGCAUGACCCCUAGUGGCCGACACCAAGUCACCCCGGCAAUCACACCAGGACGUGUAACAACUCCACAAUACCAGCCGACACCACGAUCAGGCUGGAAUGCUGGUGGCCUUACCCCUCGAACAUCAAGUGGUCUUACACCUCGCACCUCAAGCGGGAUGACUCCCCGUGCUACACCAGGACAGCGGACACCAUCAGGACAGCGACAACAACAGGUCCCACCCCUUGGACCCAACACUGAUUGGGCCAAAGCGGCACAGAUGUGGGCAAAAAAGAAACAAGAACAAUCUGGUGGGAGGGCAACACCUCGGGGUACUCCUCGGAUUACUACCCCACGUAUUCAACCAAGCCCAAGGGUGCAACAGAGCCCGAUGGUUGGCGAGGGAGGUGACACACCACUGUUUGAUGAGAGAUAGCCAGGAAUGGUGUCUCUUUUGGAUGAUCUUUUAUAGUGAUUACAUAAUAGUCAAGAUGAUGCAAAGGAAUAGUUAACCUAAAGUUGUGAGCUUUUCAUUGGCGUGUUCAUUUGGUAUACCUGUAUUCUAUUUUUGAAUGGAUGCCAAGAAAAUGUUGCAUGAUCGCUAUUGAAUUUCUAACAUUAUCUGGGUGACAUGUCCGCCGAUUAUGAUAGUUAACAAAUGUAUACCCUAUCAAAAGUCCCUCAGAGUGAAAAGCACUAAAACUUUUCUUGUGGAGUUGUUGUAAAAACAAAAAUACUGAAACGCAUUUAAAAGAAGCGGGUUGGAUCCACGGGCCAGAAAAUGAGGGGACGUGAACUGCAUUUCUCAUCAAAAUACUUGGUGUUAUAAAAUUUCAUGGUCAAUUUCAAAGAUUUUCAUGAGUUAUGGGGGCAUGCGUCUGGUGCGUCCCCCCCCCCCCCCUUGGAUCCGCACCUGAAAAGGUCAGACUAUUGGGCAAAAAAGUUAAUAAAAUCAAUCUGUCCUGUAGUGUGACGUAUGUGUAGUUUUUAGUGAAUGUAAAAUCAUUGAGUAUACUUAAAAAAUUUUGUAAAUAUUUUACAUGUAUCAUCACACAUGUUCUUAUAUGAAGAUCUCAAUCAACGCUAAGAAACAAGUAAUAACCACCCCAAAGAAAAAUAUCCUAUUAGCAAUAGCUGUUAUUCAAAGGAUAAAUCAUUGAGACCUCCAGCAACCAGUAUUGAGUGGUGUUAUGGGUUAUGUAGUUCCACAUGGUUUUUGGGGGACUAUAUUGAGGAGCUGAGGGGCUAAUUUGGCCGUCUUGACUCAGGUGACUAAUAUACACAGUAAGAGCCCUGGGUCAUGUCAUAUUCAGCACUAAAUGUCUUCCUUGUACAAGCAUGAAUCAUUUCAACAUACUGUGAGAGACCCCUAUUGGCGACUUCGUGUAACUUUAUCUUGCCUGCCUAGCUGUUAUAAAGUCCCUUUAACGAGGGAUAACUCUUACUGGUUCUGGUUCUGGUUCUGGUUCUGGUUCAUGAUCGACAGAACCUCAAGUUGGAGCACGGCGUACAUGUACAAUACAAAACCGACAACUUUCUAAUUUUUUUACCUCCUUAGGCAUUGAUAUUACCUUUACAUGCAUUUUUGUCUUUCUUACCACAGGAAAAAUAUGAUAGCUAGACUAAAGCUACGCACAUGUAUUAAAAGUAAAUAUUAAUGUCUAACAAGGUCAAAAAUAUCUGCUAACAUGUACAUUUGAUAUUUGUCUUAAAAUGAUGUCGCUAUGCAUAUUUGUUGGGUAAAAAUCUUUUUUUCUGAGAUCUUUACCCUGAUUUUAUUGAACCAGAAUUUGCCACUAAAGUAUGCACUAGGAUACUAAAUGAAAAUAAUGUACUAAUUGACAGUAACUUUCAUCAGAUAAAGCGUGAUUGAGAUUGCAUUAUGCGUUUUUUGCCAUCCUGGCUGAAAAACUGCACUGAACCACCAUUUGAUGAUGUUACACUUACGAUAGCCAACCAUAUUUUAGUUGUGUCAUCUGGUGUUCAGGUUUUCCAGAAAUUAGCGAGAACAUCUUUUUAAGGUAUUUCCCAAACUUUUAGUGUUUUAGAAAAAGGGGAAAACUUUUGUAUCGAGUCAUAUCAUGCGAAUUCUGGGAAUUGCAUUUUUCAACCUAUACAAUGUCAAAUAAUGCUGUACCAAAGUUUUAGAUCAAAAUCGUUUGUGCUGUUAACUGCCAAAUUCUGGUGAGCAUUUAAUUUUUUCGCAGAUUUAAUGAUUAACUUUGAUUCCCCACCCCUCAUAAACGCAAAAAUCUCUUUGUUGGAAAUACUAAAAAUUACUCCUUAAUUGGCCAAAAUAAGGAAUGUGAAUUUCAAAACACUUCAAAGAAUUUCGCCAAAUCUUAAAAAUAAGGAGGGGCAAAGAUUUUACGGUUUACAGUAUGUAUUUUUGGAGAUAUUUGGAAAUUUCAAGUGUUCAUAUACUUUUGAUUGGGAGGGUACUAGUAAUCUCCCAAAUGGCCUCGCAUCACAGUUUUUAAAAUCUUAUUUUCUGUUUAUUUAUUAUUUCUUCCAAAGUUAAGUUAUAGUGAUUUUGUACAUUACAGACAGGAGCCAGAACUGCAGCCUGUUCCAAUUGUUAUAGUGCACCGAGUAAUCUGCCUAUGCUUUACUUCCUUCAGUGUCCACGGGUUAUGCAAGAACUAUUUCAUGCAUAAGGCCUGAAUUUCGUAAAAAUGAAACUGAGGUGAAAACUGAACCCAACGACAAUUUGAACCGCACCUGGAUUACAAUAAUUAUUGUUGCCGUUUGAAUUCUACUUGCUGUAAUGUUAGCUUGAGGCAUGUACUGUUAAUGAAGUUGAUCUGGGUUGUACAGUAUCGGGUAUCGCUUUUAGGUUCCACGGAAAAAAAAAUUCAUCCCCGCCAGAACCAAAUUGUUGUUCUUUGGUUGUACAAUAUCACUUUGUUGUUUCAUCAACAUUGUUCAAAUCUGUAGGCGACCUUGUGUUUGCCGCAAGAUAUAUUGACAUGGCUAAAUGUAGUGCUUUGAGGUUUCUAUUCUACACGCAACAAAGUUGGGGUCUUGUGAGUAAUUCUGGAAGUUGAGAUGGUGUGAACCCAGAUUGCACAUUUUAGCAUCACAGGUGUGGUGCCGGGCUGCCGGAAAUUGACAAUAGACUCACCGAAAUCCAUUGUAAGGUUUCAAAAUUGAGAGUGAAAGGAUUUUAAAGGGUUGAAAGGUACAUGUUUCGCCCCUCGAUUUGACCAGCGACAAACGGUUCCUUGUCUAUUUCCUACUGUCGAUAACCGGUGUAUUAAUUUGAAAAACCACAUUGAUUACCUGCAUUCUGCAAUGCAAGGUAAAUGGGGAAGCUAACCCUUCCUUGGGUUCCGUUCCAAAGCAUUGAGUGCGAAAAUAGAACGGUGGUAGGGGGUAGCCUCCCCAGUUUACCUUAUUCAGUGAACUUUUAUCAAUAAUUGGGGAAGCCAGGUCUCAGUUUGAUUAUGUAUUCUGCAGAGAGGAUAUAAGUAUGUGAAUACUAGCAUUGGCAUGAUUAAGUGAAAAGGUUUUUGUACAUUUUCAAAAGUCGUUUUGGAAAUCUUGUAAAAAGAUAAUAAACUACAGGAAUCUGUUUGGUUCUUGUUGUGUGUAGUAAAAA